CUGUCUGUUCUUGGUCUCAUGGCGGUCCUCUGUGAGUUUUUGGUGUGAGACGACAAGAGUGUGUUUCUUAAUCUAGGAUGUUCAAAGACGAAGGGACGACAAUUUCAUACUUAAAUUGAGGUGCUCAGUGUUUUGCUGCUUUGUCUUCCCUCAUUUUAUUUGUGUCCUGUAUCUUUGUUCAUAAAUCAUUGCCUACAUCCAUCCACACUCUACAUUCAUUCAUUGGUGUAAGGGACUGGAGUUAACAUGGGCCGUCACUCCUCAGACAGUGAAGACAACAGCCGUGGCAGGAGGAGAAGGCAUAGACAGCGCUCUUCCUCCUCCAGCUCCUCAGGAAGCAGAGUGACCUUCCGCAGCAAACACUCCAGCAGACGAUCUCGCUCACGCUCCAGAAACCGAAACAGAGAUAGAGACAGGAGGCGCAGACAUCAUUCCAGCAGUAGCUCUUCCAGAGGUUCCAGCCACAGGAGGCGGAGCCGUAGCACAGAUAGGGGGCGGAACCACAGGUCCUACAGAUCUCGAUCCCGCAGCCGAAAUCAGAGGUCUCGUUCGCAUCACAGAAGAUCCCGCAGUCGCAGCAGUGGUCGAUCCAGCAGAAAACGCAGUCGCAGCAGAGAUGGAGACCGCGGUCAGCAUAAAACUCGAGAAAAAGACAGGACACGAGACAAAACUAAAGACAAAAAGACAGACAAAGCCAAAGACAAGGAGAAACAAAGGGAAACAGGAAGCAUCAAAGCUGGAUUACAACAUCUGACAUCUGCAGAACAGGCGAAAGCACGACUCCAGCUGGUGCUCCAAGCUACAGCAAAAACUGAUGAAGUGCUGAAAAUAAAGGAAAAUCUUGAAGAGGAAACAGGGAAAAUAAAAGAGGAAGAGGAAGUAUCUCUCGCGGAGCAGGUAAGGAGGAUAAAGGACAUUGAGGCCAUCGAGAGCGACUCUUUUGUUCCUCAGGCUUUCAAAUCAUCUCGGGAUACCACAAAGGUGAUUGAACCUUUGGAGAUCCAGAAAGAAUCAGACACGGCUACUGUGAAGGAGGAAGUGACCUCUCUGCCCACCUCUAUCACGUACAACGACAGUAACAUUCUGGCUCACCCUAAUUUAUUCAUGGAUAAAGAGGAGGCAGAGAUGUUGUGGCUGAACAGACUGAUUUCUCUGCGUCAGGAGAGACUCAUGGGUAGUCCAGUACCCUGAUGACACCCAACACUGCAUGAGACCGUAAAAAAUGCUGUUAACAUGGACUGCUUGUAUUUUAGCUUCUGUAAUUCCAUUAGACAACAAUAAACCCAGCCGUUUUAUUAAUCCAUGCAUGAAAGGUUCACACCCAACAUUUUCAACCAUAUUCCUUGACUGGCAGUUGAUUUGUGACCCUGUCUUGUUUAGGUUACUUUAAGAUUUGUUUAUUUUCUAAUACUAGUAUUAAAAUCCUUUGUGUAGUGUAGUAACAGAGUGGUUGAACAACACAUGGGGAAAAAGGUGCAAGUGCACCACCUAGUGGUUUCAAUGGGAAAUAUGUACAGAAACUGAAUUUAAGCAUAUUAAUGUUUGUUUAUCGAUCUUUCUCAAUUCAUUGUAACAACUGUGGGAUAUGUUACUGUAUCCAGAUUUGAUUAGGUUAACAAUUUUUUUUUUUAUUAAUUUCUUAUGGAUCUUUUUUAAUAUAUGCUCUGUUUAUCAGCCAGUUUUGAGCAAAGACAUUCCUCUUCCCAUCAACAUGAUUGUAUGACAAUUGUAUUUAGUGUGUGUUGGGAUUUGUUUUUUCCUUUUUCGAAAUAAACCUUGUUUUUAUUUUUGAAUAGAACUUUUACUUAUGUCAUGGUACUACGCAGUUUAUAAUCUGACACACAGUGCAGCCACUGAUCAACUCUUAAUAUUGCAUGAUUUCCAGGGGUUAAAUUGGAGUAGAACGGUCCAGAACCACAUUCUUGCACCUCCAAUUCAAGAAAGGUGUUAGGGCUCCCCCACCUCAAAAAUCACAAUUUAACCCCUUGCAAUGGCUACAUUAAAACCUUUAAAGAAACCUAUGUAGAGUUUCUGACCUUGAGCUUUACUUCCAAACUGCAAUGGUGCCCUAAGUUGCCCAAGUGUAGGGCAGCACAAUUAAUUAGUAUUAAUUAGUAGUUUAAUCGCAAUCAUGAUUUCUGCCUCUCACGGUUAAUUAAGCAUAACUGUCUGCGAUAUUAGUGAGCUAGCAAUCUGAAAUUAUCAGCCAGGUAAAGUUGCAAAUUGUUGUUCAUUUUCAUCAAAUGCUGUUUCUACGAAUGAUAGACAAAAUUGCAAGCUCUUUCAUAGUCCAUUUUCACCUCACUUAACCAAUCACGCUCUUUUCAGAAGUUCACCACUGACCAAUCACUGUUUCACUUUGGAGCACGCGUUGAAAUAUACUGCAUGCACAAUUAUUAGGCAAGUGAGUAUUCUGAUCUCAUCAUUAUUUCCAUGCACAUUUUCCAACUCCAAACCAUAUAAACUUGAAUGCUUAUCGAAGUUAAGUUACACCCUGUUAUCUCACAUUUGCACUCGGUAUGGACAAAAGUGUCCAGAGUGUUUAAUUCAGACAUUUAUAAUGAUGCCUCAAGCAUAUGGCUGAACCCAAAAUUAUGUAUUGAUAAGUCCCCUUUCUGCUGGUCAGAGUGGAUUGUGAGGGGGAUUACUACACUCGUGUACUACACCUAUA